CGGCGGCGGCGGCAGGUGCGGGGCCGAGCCGAGCCGAGCCGAGCGGCCCGGCGGGGAUGAGCCAUGGCGUCCGUGAAGGUGGCGGUGCGAGUGAGGCCCAUGAACCGCAGGGAGAAAGACCUGAAUGCAAAGUUUAUUAUUUCAAUGGAAAAAAAUAAAACAACAAUCACAAACUUAAAGAUACCAGAGGGUGGAACUGGAGACACAGGAAGAGAAAGAACGAAAACAUUUACAUAUGAUUUUUCAUAUUUCUCAGCAGAUAGUAAAAGUCCCAGCUUUGUGUGUCAAGAAACGGUUUUCAAAAAUCUUGGUACAGAUGUGCUUAAAUCUGCUUUUGAAGGUUAUAAUGCUUGUGUUUUUGCAUAUGGACAGACUGGAUCUGGAAAGUCCUACACUAUGAUGGGAAAUGCGGGUGAUGCUGGUUUAAUACCUCGAAUUUGUGAAGGAUUAUUCAGCAAAAUAAGUGAAAAAACAAAGCGGAACGAGGCAUCCUUUCGAACAGAAGUCAGUUAUCUGGAAAUUUAUAACGAACGUGUGAGAGACCUUCUCAGGCGAAAGUCAUCAAAAACUAAUAAUUUACGAAUACGAGAACAUCCAAAAGAAGGGCCCUAUGUUGAGGAUUUGUCUAAACAUUUAGUGCAAAAUUAUACUGAUGUAGAGGAACUUAUGGACGCAGGAAAUAUAAAUAGAACUACAGCUGCAACCGGAAUGAAUGAUGUCAGUAGCAGGUCUCAUGCUAUUUUCACAAUCAACUUCACUCAGGCUAAAUUUGAUUCUGAAAUGCCUUGUGAGACUGUUAGCAAGAUUCAUUUGGUAGAUCUUGCUGGAAGUGAGAGAGCAGAUGCCACUGGUGCCACAGGAGUUAGAUUAAAGGAAGGGGGGAAUAUUAACAAAUCUCUAGUUACUCUGGGAAAUGUCAUUUCUGCCUUAGCUGAUUUAUCUCAGGAUGCAACAAAUCCUCUUGCAAAGAAGAAGCAAGUAUUUGUGCCUUACAGGGACUCUGUGUUGACUUGGCUGUUAAAAGAUAGUCUAGGAGGAAACUCAAAAACUAUAAUGAUUGCCACUAUUUCACCUGCUGAUGUCAAUUACGGAGAAACUUUAAGUACGCUUCGCUAUGCAAAUAGAGCCAAAAACAUCAUCAACAAGCCUACUAUUAAUGAGGAUCCUAACGUCAAACUGAUCCGUGAGCUGAGAGCUGAAAUAGCCCGAUUAAAAGCCCUGCUUGCUCAAGGGAAUCAGAUUGCACUCCUGGAUUCUCCAACAGCUUUAAGUAUGGAGGAAAAGCUUCAGCAGAAUGAAGCAAGGGUACAAGAACUGACCAAAGAGUGGACAAACAAGUGGAAUGAAACCCAAAAUAUUCUGAAACUCCUUGAUUGGUUUGAUCUGCUGCAUUUUAUGGCUGCAUCUUAUCUGGAGCAAACACUGGCCCUUAGGAAAGAAGGGAUAGGUGUUGUAUUAGAUUCUGAACUGCCUCAUCUAAUUGGCAUUGAUGAUGAUCUUCUUAGUACUGGUAUCAUCUUGUAUCACUUGAAGGAAGGCCAAACGUAUGUGGGCAGAGAAGAUGCUAUGACAGAACAGGAUAUUGUUCUUCAUGGCCUUGAUUUGGAAAGUGAGCAUUGCAUCUUUGAAAACCUGAAUGGUACUGUGAAUCUAAUACCACUAAAUGGAGCUCAGUGUUCUGUGAAUGGUGUUCAGAUUACAGAAGCCACACACCUAAACCAAGGUGCUGUUAUAUUACUUGGAAGAACCAAUAUGUUUCGCUUUAACCACCCCAAAGAAGCUGCCAAACUAAGGGAAAAAAGAAAGAGUGGACUGCUGUCUUCCUUCAGCUUGUCUAUGACAGAUCUUUCAAAAUCUUGUGAGAACCUGUCAGCAGUUAUGCUUUAUAAUCCAGGUCUUUUCCCUGUGAAAGGACCAAUCUGUCUAAGGCUAGAAUUUGAGAGACAACAACGAGAAGAGCUUGAAAAGCUGGAAAGUAAAAGGAAACAAAUAGAAGAAAUGGAAGAAAAGCAAAAAUCUGACAAGGCAGAACUUGUAAGAAUGCAGCAAGAAGUAGAGUCACAGCGCAAAGAAACAGAAAUAGUACAGCUGCAAAUUCGAAAACAAGAAGAGAGUCUGAAACGGCGAAGUGUUCACAUUGAGAGCAGGUUAAAGGAUUUGCUGGCUGAAAAAGAAAAAUUUGAAGAAGAGAGGUUACGGGAACAACAGGAGAUAGAGAUUCAGAAGAAGAAGCAGCAGGAAGAAAUUUUUGCCCGGGUCAAAGAAGAGUUGCAGCGACUACAAGAACUUAAUCAUAAUGAAAAAGUAGAGAAAAUGCAGAUUUUCCGUGAACUAGAAAAACUUAAAAAAGAAAAAGAUGAACAAUAUAUCAAACUAGAAUCAGAAAAAAAGAGACUUGAAGAACAAGAAAGGGAGCAGGUAAUGUUGGUGGCUCAUCUAGAAGAGCAGCUUCGAGACAAACAGGUCAUGAUAGAGCUACUGAAGAGAGGAGAUGUUCAGAGAGUUGAAGAAGAGAAAAAAGAUCUUGAAGAUAUUAGAGAAUCUCUUUUGAAAGUCAAGGAAGCCCGAUCUGAAGGUGAUGAAAACUGUGAAGAGUUAGAAGCAGCACAGCAUAAUUUCAUAGAGUUUAAAAGAAAACAACUAGAACAGUUGAAUAUUUUAGAGAAGGAUUUAGUUCAACAAAUGGAUCACCUAGAAAAGGAAAUAGCACAAGAAAAAGGAACUCUAGACCACUUAAAAUUUGCACAUGAAGAACAGUUAGAUAUUGCCAAGAAAGAAGAUGAAAACUUUGCAGAUGCUGUACUAAAGACUGAUGAAUUUGAAAAGAUAAAGCCAGCAGAAUAUAAGCUCCAAUCUAAAGCACGCCAGCUUGAAUACCUGAAGAAUAAUCAUUUGCCAGCUCUGCUGGAAGAAAAGCAAAGAGCUUUUGAAGUUCUUGGUAGAGGUUUAUUAGGAUUAGAUAAUACUCUCUAUCAAAUUGAGAAAGAAAUAGAGGAAAAAGAAGAGCAGCUUGCCCAGUAUAGAGCUAGCACAAACCAGCUGCAGCAGCUUCAAGAAACAUUUGAAUUCACAGCCAAUGUAGCUCGCCAGGAAGAAAAAGUUCGGAAGAAGGAAAAGGAAAUCCUUGAAUCAAGGGAAAAACAGCAGAGAGAGGCAUUGGAACAAGCUGUUGCUAGGUUAGAAAGAAGGCACUCUGCUUUGCAACGUCGUUCCACAAUAGACUUUGAAAUUGAGGAGCAGAAACAGAAGCUUGCCACCUUGAACAACAGCAGCAGUGAACAGGCAGGUCUGCAGGCUAGUCUAGAAGCUGAGCAAAAAGCCCUCGAGCAAGACAGAGAACGCCUGGACCAAGAAAUUCAACAGCUGAAGCAAAAGAUAUGUGAGGGUGAUGGUGGACAGAAAGGAAAUCACGGCAUAUUAGAAGAGAGACUUUCUUACACCAGUUCACCUACCAGCCCAACAAAGCCGCAGCCAUCCUCCAUUCCACUAGUUGAUGAUAGGAUAAAUGCCUUUAUUGAACAAGAAGUACAGAGACGGCUUCAAAAUAUUCAUCACAGAUCUGAGGAUAACCGUGCUAGCCUGUCCUGGUCUACAGAAAGUUUAAAGGAUAAUGGGAGACUUAAUAAUGGCACUGUUCAACGCAAGCUGAAAUAUGAGCGGAUGGUCUGUCGUUCUCUGGGAGCAAGUCCAGAUGACCUAAAGGACCCAAUUAAAAUUAGUAUUCCACGUUAUGUCCUGUGUGGGCAGGGAAAGGAUGAACACUAUGAGUUUGAAAUAAAGAUAACAGUUCUGGAUGAGACAUGGACAGUAUUCAGGCGAUACAGUCGUUUUCGGGAAAUGCAUAAAACUUUAAAGUUAAAGUACCCAGAGCUUGCUACUUUAGAAUUCCCUCCGAAGAAGCUCUUUGGGAACAAGGAUGAACGAGUGAUUGCGGAACGACGGAGUCACUUAGAGAAAUACCUCCGGAGCUUUUUCUCUGCGAUGCUGAAAUCUCCAUCAUCUCCACUGCACAUUGAUAAAGUGGGGCUGACUCUAUCAAAGCAUACCAUUUGUGAAUUCUCUCCCUUCUUCAAGAAAGGUGUGUUUGACUAUAGCAGUCAUGGGACCAGCUAACUUUUGUGCCAGGCCCCUUAUGCCAGAGGAGCACAGUCCAAGUGGUGCCUUCCUUCUGUGGUGUGAGAGAAAUGGAGUGGGGAAAGAAAAGGCAUCUUCUUCUGUGCCUGCAAAGUUUCAUGAGAACUUCUCCAGCUGAUGACAGCUACACCCUGACGCUAGCCUCUGUUCUCUGCCAGUUCUCCUAUUAGUGCCUGCAUUUUACUGGCAUGGUCUGUACAGACUCUUUUUUUCUUUUUUUUUUUUUUUUUUUUUUUGAUUUGCGCUGUUAAUAAUGUACAAAAAUUCUGACUCUUAGGCUGUUUGCAGCCACUCGGUAGUGGGAAUACUUCCUUUACGUUUGCUCAGACAAUUCGCUAUGAUCAUGCAGAAGCAUCUCCUGUUUACUGUGGCCACAUAAUCAUAAUGACAGAGAUUUUGGAGCAGCCCAGUUUCCUUUCGGUUUCUCUCCACACUGUUCCUUGAAAAAUAUUUCCUGUUUCAUUUCCUUAUAGCAUACUGUGGCAUUUAAAGUCAUGCUCAUACUCCAUUGUUGUUUGUUGUUUUUUGUUUUUUUUUUUUCCUGGAGAUAAAUAUCUUUUUGCCUGUAUAGUUUUCUCAGAAUUAAAGGGCCUUUGUGAGGCCUUGGUGACUUGAAUGUUUACAAAAUAUAUACAACAGAAAGAAUAUAAUUUAAACCCUAUAAAAGUCUUCCAGACAUGAUUAUUUUGAAGCAGAAUGAAGCACUUGCCAUUAAUUAAACAGUAAAGAAAGCAAUAGUUACAGAAGAAUGCGGUCAGCAUCUUUUUGCAUUUUCUAAUUACUUAGAAUGUAACUGGAUACUGAGCACUGUACAGGACUUAGAGCUAUGCAUAAACCCAAUGCAAAGUGCUAUAUAUAUAUUUUCUAAUAGCUUCUUUACAAUAGCAUAACACUGUAAAACCUGAGUUUUAUUUGCAUCGUUUAAAAUUUACAGGAUUUUACUAACAGUACUUUAAAAUUACUCAGGACUCAUUCAUAAUUGCACAUGUAUAUACAGAUAGAACUCAUUUUGUAUUGCUAUGCAUCCCAAAAAAAAUAUACACUGUGACUGGAAUUGUGAACAUGUACAUUUUUAUGUAUAAUUGAUUCUAUAAAAAUCAGAAUCAAACAACUUUAAGGUAUUAAAAUGCAUAAUGAAGUGUGGGAUUUAUGUGCCAUUUGUUAGGAAUAUUAAACAUCGUUUGUUGAGUUGCCAUCACUUGGCUCUUGUAGGUCUUGAUAACCAAACUACUCCAUGCUGUCAAAAAUGAUCGUUAAAACCUAAUCUGACAACAGUACUAAUAGUUCUAUUUCAUGACCUAAAUUAUAGGAACAUCAAUGUGUUUACAUUUAAUGUGAUGAAUAAAGACAUUUGGGUUCCAUUAGUAA